AAGGGUGAGAGUCGAGAAUGGCAGAUGACUUGGAAUAAUGUUUCAUCCUUUUCGACGGAGGAAACAAUAACGUUAAUAAUCCUCAUGGUCCAACCCAUAGCUAGCUUUGGUGAAUAUACAAUUAUUCCCUUACAGCCUGGGGCCAGCGAGGGGUAAAAGAGUCUCACAAACAAUAGGAGAAUAUAACAGGCUGUCGAUGGAAACGUAGGAAUGUGCAGGUGACGGUGAAUGAGUGAUGACCACUCACCUUGUUUAUUAUUACCUAUUACCUAUACUAUAUGCCCAAAGUUUUUAGUUCUUCUCUUCACCGACGAAUUGAUUUCCUCUUCACCUACACUUGCACAGAGAAUAUGAGCUCUUUUCUUCAAAGUUUUCAUAGCAAAGAAGCUCUGCCCAUGUCAAAACCUACAGAAGAAGAAAGAGGAGAAGGACUUGGCGUACGCAAAAGGCUGUCUUCUCUCUCUCUAAGGAUGAACAUGCGCAUGAUGAGGUCUACUUGUCAACAACAACCCAUCCUCUCAUUCUACUCCUCCUCCUCCUCCUCCUCCUCAUGGGCAUUUCGCCGAUCCAAAUCCUUGUCCUCUAUGGGAGAAUACACUGGCAAUUCCAUUAGGAAAUGGUGGGAUUGGGGAUUGGGCUGGAUCAUGUCCAAGAAGCCCGCCUUUGCCAACGAUCUGGAAAUGAAUGAAGAAGAGAAAGCCGUAUUGGGAUGCAACAGCAAGGGCAGCUGGAGGCACGUAUUUUACAAAGUAAGGUCGGAGCUACGGAGGUUCAUCGGAUCCGGCAACAAUGUGGGUCUACCUCAAACCUUCCGGUACAACUACUCCAACAACUUCGAUGACAACUUAAUCAGGAACAACUGAUGGAUUACUCACUCUACUACAGUAUGUGAUAAGCUAGCUCCUUUUGUAAUGUUGGUUAAUUCAUUGAUUGAUUCGAGUGGUUUUUACUUUAUUUUUUAUAAAUAAUAAUAAUAGAUCGGAGUCCACAUUAGUUUGCAGCAGCGAGUACGUACGUAA